AUGAAAAGCGAAGAUGACUGCGACAAAAUAAGGGAAUCUUUAUUUAAGGAACCCGAAGCUCCACCUCCUCCACCCAAGGAACCUGCACCAGCUCCAGCCCCUGCACCUGAACCAGCACCAGCACCACCACCACCCGAACCAGCCCCAGCGCCGCCUGCUGAACCACCAGCACCAGCACCUGCACCGGAACCUGCUCCUCCAGCGGCUGCCCCACCAGCCGAAGGUGCUCCAGCAGCCGAAGGAGCUGCACCACCACCGGCUGAAGGAGCUGCUCCAGCACCAGCCGAAGGUGCACCACCUCCAGCCGAGGGUGCACCUCCAGCUACCGAAGGUGCACCCCCAGCCGAAGGUGCACCCCCAGCCGAAGGUGCACCUCCAGCAGAGGGAGCACCACCGGCAGCCGCCCCUGCCGAAGGAGCUGCGCCUCCUGCGGAAGGUGCUCCUGCGGAAGGUGCACCUGCACCCGCUCCUGCCACCGAAGGUGCACCACCAGCGGAAGGAGCACCACCGGCUCCAGCUCCAACGGCCGAAGGUGCAGCUCCUCCUGCGGAUGCAGCAGCACCACCAGCAGCAGCUCCACCAGCGGAUGCUGCAGCCACGCCAGCAGCAGCUCCUCCAGCUGAUGCAACGGCACCACCACCAGCGGAUGCAGCAGCACCACCAGCAGCAGCUCCACCAGCGGAUGCAGCAGCACCACCAGCGGCAGCUCCACCUGCGCCAGCGCCUGCUGAAACUAAUCUUGUUUUGAUUUUGAGAGUUUCGAUCGUCAUCAGAAGAAAUGAUACACCAAAUAGAGCUAAGUACAUCACGAACGCACCUGCCUCGUAAUUAUGUCGAGACAAUCAACGAAAUACGAAGACAUGAUCUUCGUUGAACACAGCGAACAAACACAUCAGCAUUAUUACCUUUCGUUUAUCGCCAUUGGUCAUCGUCACGGUCAUCAUCGUGGUCAUCAUCGUGGUCAUCAUCGUGGUCAUCAUCUUCAUCGCCAUCGUUCGUCGCGAUCAUCCUCACGAAGAAGACAGGAACAAGAAUAAGGAGCGUCUUAUCAUUAAACUUCAUCUACGAUAACAUUUUGAAACGAACGCCGUGUCCUAGAAGAAAAAAUAAAACAAACACACAAUAUAGAUGAUUUAUACUUAAUCUUGCACAUAAGUGGUCACUGCAUUCGUUUCAAAUCUAUGCGAACAAUAGAAACAAAUCUUAUUACGUAUGUAACGCACGAGAAUAUGUGUGAUCCGUUAGCUUUGUAAAUAAUUCACGAAACGUUCGAUUAAUCGAAUAGUUCCGUGCUCACACAUGUAUACAUACAUACACAUAUACAUAUAUAUUUAUUGAUAGAACGAAAGCUCUGUUUUUUUUUUUUGAACAAAAAAAGAAAAGAAAAAUAAGAAAAAUUAGAUUUCGUAAUAAAAGCUUUCACCAUCGAUCAUCUUACCUUUUAUCGAUUGAAAAUAGAACUGAAAUUUUCUAUAAAAGAGGGACGUCUCGUGUAAGAUCUCUUCAAUGAAAAACCUUAUGCAUUUAGCCAAUAAUACAAUGACGCUAAUAUAAAUCUAAAAAGUAUGAAAAAAAA